AUGCCAUUUGAACGCAGAACAACCCAGCCCGAGAACCCAUUCGCAAGUCUCGCUCCAAACCAAACCAUUGCCCUCGUCCCAGAGUUCACCUUCGAAUCUGGCCACACCAUCCGCGAUGUCCCCGUGGCCUAUAAGACCUGGGGUGUCCUCAACGAAGACGGCGACAACUGUAUGAUGAUCUGUCAUCCCCUCUCUCGAAGCGUCGACGUCGAAGAUUGGUGGAUGAACUUGAUGGGUGCUUGUACUCUGGAAGGAGAAGGCAAGGUGAUCGACGAGACGAAGUUCUACAUCGUCAGCCUCAACUGUAUGGGUUCGCCCUACGGAUCAGCCUCACCUUUGACCACAAACCCUGACACUGGCGCUCGUUAUGGACCCGAGUUCCCCUUGUCCACCAUCCGCGACGAUUGCAGACUGCACAAGAUGGUACUCGACAAACUUGGAGUGAAAUCCGUCGCGAUCUGUAUUGGUGCCUCGAUGGCAGGAAUGCACGCUUUUGAAUGGACGUUCUUCUCCGACACACAAGGUACUUCUCCCUUUGUCAAGUCCAUCGUCCCAAUCUCGGCACCCGCCAAGAGCUCUGCCUGGUCCAUGUCCUGGACCGAGGCUCAGCGACAGGCUAUUUUUGCUGACCCCAAGUACCUUGAUGGCUACUAUCCUCUUACCGCCCCGCCACUGCAAGGAAUGACGGCCGCAAGGAUGACAGCCAUGCUGACCUACCGAACAAGAGACUCAUACGAACGUCGCUUCGGUCGAGACAUCAUGCCACCGUCCUCCUCACCAACGGCUACUUCCGGUCAGUCAUCCAUCCCUACCAUUGCCUCCACCGCGUCAGAAAUUCACCGCCGAAACCACAACGAAGGCCGUCGCCACCAAAACACAUCCGCCGCUCCACCACCCUCUUCCACAAUCGGUGUCCUCACUCCAGAUGGAAACCCCAAACCUUCUUCUGGUACCACAACCAACAACAACCUAAACACGCCAGCAAACACCACUUCUGCCUACCAGUCACAGGUUUACUCAGCUCACAGCUACCUCCGCUACCAGGCCGCGAAAUUCAAUGAGCGCUUCGACGCCAACUGCUAUAUCGCCUUAAGCCGCAAAAUGGACGCCCACGAUGUCUCAUACAACCGUGGCCCCUACGAAGAUGUUGUCCGUUCCAUCAAGCAGCCUGUCCUUGUUAUUGAAAUCGACUCGGACGUGUUGUACACAUCAAAGGAGAUCAAGGCCUUGAGCGACCUCCUCCCCAACGGGGAACACUUUACUGUAAAGUCAGACGAGGGCCACGACGGUGUCCUGCUCGAGUAUGAGAAGAUCAACGACGCGAUUGUCGCGUUCAUGCAGCGACAGGAUCAUAUCCGUGAACUUGUUCGUCGUGAGGGCGUUGCCGUCCCCGAAAAGAAGACUUCUCGCGGCAGUCUCUUUGCCUCUUGGUAG